AUGUCCAUGACGGCAUCGACAGUAUUAUAUUAUGAAUGGCGAAUCGCUGAAACGGGCGAGCUGCCUGGAAAUGCCCUUGCUAUGGGCAACCCGUUUUGGUUAUCUGUGGGAUGUAUUCCUAUGCUCAACGGAAACAUCUACUGUUUGGAUGAUGUCGGCGAGAUUGUGAAUGAAAAAGACCAGCAGACACCACAUGUGUAG